AUGGUUAGUGCAAAUUCUGCAACUGUCCUCAUUCCCGUAAAUAAAAUUUGGUGGGCUUGGUCCGAUGAACUUUCUGAUAGCCAUAACUGUAGUUUGACAUUUGCAAUCGAUUUAGACCCUCUUAAUGAUACGUGUGGUUCCGCUCUUAACAUUUCCCUUUCUGAUAGUGCGUCUACUGGAUUUAGAAUAUACGCAUGGAGAUUUGAAGAAAAAACGACUCCAUUACUUAAUCCGGAAAACUUUGAAAUCGAUUCAAGUUUUAUGAGAACUUAUUGUUCAAAUUUACCAUGCCAAACUGGAUCCAUUUCUUCUUCAAGUGAUUACUAUUAUGUUUUGGCGAUAAAGAAUUUUAAUACCGGAUCACAAAGAAUUAAUUUUACGGUUCCAUGGCACAUUGAUUGUGAUCCAAAUAAUGCUAAUAAUUCUACUAGCUCUAACAUUCCUAGUAGUACUCUUAGCAGUUCUAGCAGUUCGAGUACUCCACGUAGUUCUAGCAAAUCAAGUACUCCUAGUAGUUCUAGUAAUGAUUUUAAGAAUAAUUCUAGCAGUUCUAGUUAUAGUCCUCGUAAUUUUGGUGUAACAACACUAGUAAUUCUGGUAACAAUAGCAGCUCUGUUAAUUCUAGUGAUGCAACAUUCAACACGAUUUGUACAAAUACAAGAAGCUGACAAAUAUGGACAAUCUGAGGUGUGGUACAGACAAAAAACUGUCUCAAGACAUCCAAAUCUUCUUCCAUAUCAUCCCUGGAGUGGACCCAUUGUCAAGCGAUAUUGA